GCGGCUGAGAGGUGGUUCCAAAAACAUAGUCUCCUAGCUCUGCUACAAAAAGGAAAGACAAAAGGAGAAAGAGUUGUGCCCAUUGACCUGUGGCAUCUGGUAGCCUUUGAGAAAAAAUACUGGCUGCAGCUUCUAGAAGCUCUAAGUAAGUGCCUACUUCCUUCUUAAGGGUUGAGGACCCUUCUACAAAGACUUGGAUUCCUUUUACCUUACUUCAAGGUCCUGUUUCUUUCUGCCUUCCCUUCCAGGUAUUUCAAAUCCAGAUUGCCCUGGGCAUCAAUCACCUUGUUCUCCACCAUGAAGUCCUUCUUAUUCUGCUGCCUCUUUGGCACUUUCUUAGCUACAGGCAUGUGUCUCGAGUGUGAGGUUUGUUCGGGGUUGGGCUCAAAAUGUACCGGCUGGACAAGAACCUGUAAAGAUUAUGAAGACACUUGUGUUACCGUUCAAAGUGAAGUGAUGCUAGCCUCUGUGUCUCUCACUUUCACUGGAAAAACCUGUGGUGUUUCCGACACUUGUGAUCUUGACUACCUGGAGACAACUCUACAUGAUGAAAUAAGAAUGAGAUUUAAAAAAUCCUGCUGUACUGGGAGUGAAUGUCAAACUCUGCCACAUCCAGUGCUUGAAUCCCAAACCCACCAAGCCAGCCAACCCAACGGACUUCAGUGUCCUACAUGCUUUGCACCCACCUCAGUUGAAUGCAUUGAACACCUGGUUUCCUGCCGGGCAUCUGAAAACCAAUGUUUGUUUCUAAUUGGGAGGCACCAUGAUAUCUCCAGAGGGAUGUCUUUCAAAGGAUGUGUUUCUCAGAGUGUGUGCACUUUACUUAAGAAGAAGUCCUGGACACUUUAUGAGGAAUUGGAGCUGGAGGUCAAAUGCAGCCCAGCCCUCCCGCAGUCUUCCCACUGAGGUAUAACUGCACCCCAAGGCCAUCGCUCCACCUGAGUAGAACCUAGGAGCCAACAUGGCUCGUUCUGUUUGAGUCGGCUUUCAACAGAAUUCUCAUCCUUCUGGAUGGGUCAAAACGUUUCUCACAAUCAAUGUGCAAAAUUAACUGAGCCAUGGUUCAAUUCAAUAAAGCAGUAACUUUCAAAAUAA